AUGGAUGGCUCCACGGGAUUUGAUGGAGACGCUACCACUUUCUUUGCUCCAGAUGCUGUGUUUGGCGAUAGAGUACGUAGAUUCCAAGAAUUUUUAGAUACAUUCACCUCAUACAGAGACUCCGUGAGGUCUAUACAAGUUUAUAAUAGCAAUAAUGCUACUAGCUACAAUGAGGACCAAGAAGAUGCAGAAGAACAAUAUUUGCUGGGUGACAACGACGGCGAUGAUCUCGAGAAAGAAAAGAAAAUGGCGUCUUCCACCGCAUUGAACAUACUUCCUCACAGAAUUACGAUCUCCCUAGACGACUUGAGAGAGUUUGAUAGGUCGUUCUGGUCGGGCAUUUUGAUCGAACCUGCAUACUUUAUCCCACCUGCUGAAAAGGCGCUCACUGAUCUGGCAGAUUCUAUGGAUGAUGUUCCACAUUCCAAUGCUCCUGCAGUAUCAUCUCGUCACCCCUGGAAACUUUCUUUCAAAGGUUCAUUCGGUGCGCAUGCAUUGUCUCCUCGUACUUUAACGGCACAACACCUGAACAAACUGGUCUCUGUCGAAGGUAUCGUAACCAAGACUUCACUGGUCAGGCCAAAACUUAUCAGAUCCGUUCACUACGCGGCGAAGACCGGUAGAUUCCAUUACAGAGAUUACACAGAUGCUACUACAACUCUUACUACCCGUAUCCCAACACCAGCUAUCUAUCCAACAGAAGAUACUGAAGGUAAUAAACUAACCACUGAGUAUGGGUAUAGUACAUUUAUGGACCAUCAGCGAAUCACCGUGCAAGAAAUGCCCGAAAUGGCUCCCGCUGGUCAACUUCCCAGAUCUAUUGACGUCAUUUUGGAUGAUGAUCUUGUAGACAAGACCAAGCCCGGUGAUAGAGUCAAUGUUGUGGGCGUAUUUAAAUCUCUUGGUGCAGGUGGUAUGAACCAAUCCAACUCUAAUACUUUGAUAGGAUUCAAAACUUUAAUUCUAGGUAAUACGGUAUACCCACUUCAUGCUAGAUCUACUGGUGUCGCUGCAAGGCAAACGUUGACAGAUUUCGAUAUCAGAAACAUCAAUAAACUUUCUAAAAAGAAAGACAUAUUCGAUAUCUUGUCUCAGUCCCUAGCGCCUUCCAUUUAUGGACAUGACCAUAUAAAGAAGGCUAUCUUGUUAAUGCUCAUGGGUGGUGUGGAAAAGAAUUUAGAAAACGGUUCCCAUUUAAGAGGUGACAUCAAUAUUUUGAUGGUGGGUGAUCCAUCCACCGCCAAAUCUCAAUUGUUAAGAUUUGUUUUAAAUACAGCAUCUUUGGCAAUUGCCACUACCGGUAGAGGUUCCUCCGGUGUCGGUUUAACUGCAGCAGUAACCACUGAUAGAGAAACAGGUGAAAGAAGACUUGAGGCUGGUGCCAUGGUCCUUGCCGAUCGUGGGGUCGUGUGUAUUGAUGAAUUUGAUAAAAUGACUGAUGUUGAUAGAGUCGCCAUUCAUGAAGUUAUGGAACAACAAACGGUAACGAUUGCCAAAGCAGGCAUUCACACUACAUUAAAUGCUCGUUGUAGUGUGAUUGCAGCAGCAAAUCCCGUCUUUGGUCAGUAUGAUGUCAACAGAGAUCCUCACCAAAAUAUUGCCCUGCCUGACUCGCUUUUGUCUCGUUUUGAUUUAUUAUUUGUUGUGACGGAUGAUAUCAAUGAGAUCAGAGAUAGGUCUAUUAGUGAGCAUGUGCUAAGAGCACAUAGAUACUUACCUCCAGGUUAUUUGGAAGGGGAACCUGUGAGAGAGCGUUUGAAUCUAUCAUUAGCCGUUGGGGAUGACGCCGAUAUUAAUCCUGAACACUCCACCUCUGGAACUGGUGCGGGAAAUGAAGAAGAUGAUGAAGAAGACCAUGUUUUUGAAAAAUUCAACCCUUUACUACAAGCAGGUGCUAAAUUAGCCAAAAACAAAGGUAACUAUAACGGUACAGAAAUCCCCAAACUUGUCACCAUCCCAUUCUUAAGAAAAUACGUUCAGUAUGCCAAAGAAAGGGUCAUUCCACAAUUAACACAAGAAGCUAUAAAUGUCAUUGUGAAAAAUUAUACCGAUUUAAGGAAUGAUGAUAAUACUAAAAAAUCGCCCAUUACCGCAAGAACUUUAGAAACUUUGAUUAGAUUAGCUACAGCUCACGCUAAAGUCAGAUUGUCUAGAACCGUCAACAAAACAGAUGCCAAAGUAGCUGCGAAUCUCCUAAGGUUUGCGCUAUUGGGUGAGGAUAUUGGUAACGAUAUUGAUCAAGAAGAAAGUGAAUAUGAAGAAGCUUUGUCGAGAAGGUCGCCACAGAAAUCACCAAAAAAGAGGCAAAGAGUUAGACAGCCAGCAAGUAAUUCAGGAUCUCCAGUCAAAACUACUCCAAGAAGGCCAAUGGUAUCCUCCGUCAAUUCUACACCAUCAUCAGCACGUAGAAUACUGCGUUUCCAGAAUGACGAGGAACAAGCCAGUGAAGACGAUAAUGAUAUCAUGUCACCACUUCCCGCAGAUGAAGAAGCUGAAUUACAAAGAAGGCUUCAACUGGGGUUGAGAGUGUCUCCAAGACGCAAAGAACAUCUCCAUACCUCCGAUGAAGGGUCUUCAGGACCUCUCACCGAAGUCGGUACUCCGAGAUUACCUAAUGUAUCUUCUGCAGGCCAGGAUGAUGAGCAACAACAGCAACAGCAACAACAACAGCAACAACAACAGCAACAGUCGGUGAUUUCUUUCGAAAAUGUGGAGCCUGGUACUAUUUCUACUGGUAGAUUGUCUUUAAUUUCUGGUAUUAUUGCUCGUUUGAUGCAAACAGAAAUAUUCGAAGAAGAAUCGUACCCUGUGGCUUCUUUGUUUGAAAGAAUUAAUGAAGAGCUACCUGAAGAAGAAAAAUUUUCUGCGCAAGAAUAUCUCGCAGGUUUAAAGAUUAUGUCCGACAGAAACAAUCUAAUGGUUGCUGACGAUAAAGUUUGGAGAGUGUAA